GACUCGCCUGAUAUGAGGCCUGCGAUGGCUGAGGUGGUGAAAGAGCUGGAGGCACUGCUCCCGGACAAGGAAGGAAAAAUGGAAACGAAGUCGUCCUCCUCGGUGCUGUCAACAUCAUCUUCGAAUGUGACAAGAGACCUUUACGAGUCGGCGAGCCUUUUAGGAAGCGAUCUCAGCAGCGGCGUUGUUCCCAGCAUCGCUCCUCGCUGAGUCAUACAUACCACAAACGAAACAAACACCUGAAUACUAGGCCCAUUUGGCGUCGUACCAAUCAAUUAGUUUCAAGCGACGGUCGGAUCGGACCCGCCGGCAACGAUGGAUUUACAGCAAGAGUUAGAGCAGGAGGCUUGUUGGAAACUCGAGCUGGACAAGGUCACCAAAUUGGAUCCUUCCAAAAAGAAGAAGAAGAAGAAGAAGAAGAGGCCGUUUAUACGGGAAGACGCUACCUACGACUCUGAGCCCGAUUAUGGCUAUGCAGAGCUCUUGAGUAGGGUCUUUGAUAUGCUUCGUGAGGAGGAGGUUUCCACACAGAGGCCAAGAACAGUGAUGAUGCGUCGUCCCCAGCUCCUCGCACAAGGGACACAUAUAACAGUUUGUUUAGACUUUGCUCAUCUCUGCACAAUGAUGCAUAGAAAGCCAGGUCAUGUCAUAACAUUCUUACUUGGCCAAAUGGAGACAAAGGGAUGGCUCAACAAACAGCACCAGCUUGAGAUGAAGGGUUUAGUGUCUUCUCAGCAUUUCCAAGCUGUGUUUCAGAGAUACAUUGAUGCGUUCGUAAUCUGCAGCUGCUGCAAAAGUUCAGACACAGCUCUCGCGGAGGCCAAUGGCAUUUCCACUCUCAGCUGUGAGAUGUGUGGUUUGGUAGCAAUGAUCAACGAACCGAAUCCCCUGUGAAUAUGGAACUCAUCAACGUUAAGAGCCACGUGCUGGGGCAUUGUAAGAUUUAUCUUGUGAUUUUGAGAAGCAACCAGGAUAUGUUUUCUUUACAAUACUGUUUUGAAGUUACUGCCUCUUUAGAGAUGUAGGAUGGUGAAUACUGAGCAAAAUUGUGUAUUCCUUAUACAACUUCCUUAAUGAUUAGUUGCUGAGAGAAUAGGCUAACGGAUACAAGAAUCAAAAGAAAGUAACUUUUCUUUUUUCUGUUAUAUAUGCAUGUAAUGCAAAAACACGAGUUCCCUCCUA